GAGAAGCAGCUCUUGGAUCCUAUGGAUAAAAGUAUGGUAGCAGUAAAUCAUAAGUGUGAAAAGCAAACUCUUGAGGUUGAAGCUAAUGGGUCUCAGUUUCAGCCUUCACAGGAAAAUGUGGAACACCAAGAACAGAGCUCCCAGCAUUCCAAGAAGGGAAACCCAUUUGUAACUCUGACCAGUGCUGAUGAAAGCGACUCAGACUCAUUGUCAGACCCAUUGUUAUCCUUCCACAUUGGAGACCGAGUGUUGGUGUGCCACACCAAGCCUGGGGUUCUAAAGUUCAAAGGGCUCACCAGUUUUGCAACCGGACAUUGGGCUGGGGUUGCCCUAGACAGUCCAUCCGGACAACACAAUGGCACCUACCGAGGCAUCCGGUAUUUUGAAUGUCCUAAAAACUGUGGUGUCCUGGUCAGAGCCGAGGACAUAUCUCACCUUCUGGGGGUCCAUGAGACUGACUCAGAUUUCAAAGCCAAUGAAGAUCCCUUCUCAGAUGGAGACUCACCUGAGAAAUUUAGAUCCCUAAGAAAUAAUAUAGGGGGCAGGGGAUCAUCUGAGGGCAGUGGGGAAGGAAGAGAAAAGAGGAGUGGGGAAAAGAGAUGGAAGCAGCCUAGUGGGGAAAAUGGAGGAAAGCGGUCUACAGCCCCUAAGGUGUGUGAAGCUGGCUCAUACAGCCUGGCUCUUGAGGAGAUGAAUAACAAUAUACAGAACACAGCUGUGUUUAUUCAGGAAGAAUGGAACUUGGCACAAUCCAUUCCCUCUUCCACGGCAUCAGAGUUCAGUGCAGGAAAGACAGACCUCCAGCAGAUCAUCAAUGAAGCUGCAAGGGCUGUGGAGCUGCUUGCAAACCCUGAGUCCAAGCAGAAUGAACAGGACAUCUACUUGAAGCUGGAUAGUAGUGUUACAACAAAUACAAAUAAGAAACUAGGUAGUCAACUACCGGCAGAUAGAAUGAUUCAAGAACUACCUGAAACCAUCCAAAGAAAAUCUCUGAGCAUUUCAGGAGCUCCACUAAUUGGGGAACGCCAUACACACAAAGAGGAGAUGGGUGAUUCAAGCACUAUUGACAGCUCUGUGCUGGAUUGUCUGGUGCACAAUGUUGCAGUUGAGUUAUUGAGUGAGGUGGUGAGGCAGUUCCAAGGGAUCUGGAAGAGAAAGCAGCAGCAGGAGGUUGUGUGGACCAGAGGAAGUCUGACCAACACCCUCAAGAGCCAUGAACCUGGUCCUGGUAUCCCAGAAAGCCAGACAAUUGAGAAGUGUCAGCAGGAGCCCCACUCCCCCAGCACACUAUGCUAUUUGGACCAGUGGCAGUGCACUACUUCGACAGGACCCUCCCUGGAAGGCAAACACCUCCAUGACCCUGCACAUGUACGAACCCUGGUGGGGAGCGCAGUGGAACGGCUGUGGAUCCAGGCAACAGGUCAGAAGGUUGGGGAAUGUGGUGUUCAGGGAAAGAGAGAAGAGGAUGACUGUAUGGCCGAUGAAGAGAGCAGGAAGGCCUAUAAACAGGUCAUAUUUGAUCUAACCUCAGAUAUAUUUCAUGAAGCUUUUCAAGAGGAUCUGAACACCAAUACCUCCCCAUGGAGGGGGAAGGGUGUCUCCACCAUCUCAGCUCUACUGUCCAGCAGGCCCACCCUCAAGGAAGUCAAGUCUAUCAUGCAGGCAGAGGUUCUGAGACUGCUCAAUCUGGACUGCAGCGACCUGGAGAUGAGGAGGAUUCUACAGAAGAUGUCCAAGUUUGGGAAAGCUCAAAGAGACAGGGUGGACUACAUUCUGAUCCAGGAGCUGCAUCAGGAGGAGCCGCAGUGGAUGGACUACAGCGCCGACGAGCUCAGUGUGAAGAUGAGGCUGACAGAGGAGAUCUUCGAUGCUCUACUGCAGGACACCAUCCAGGUCCUCAAACACAUUGAUGGAGCGCCCCCUAGUGCCAGCCCACGUGCACUGCAACCUGCCUUCAGCACAGGCUGAGCUAGGCCUUUGCAGCACUCAACCUAUUGAACCAGGAUAAUAACUCUGAUAUGACAGGAACCCCUGUAGACUCACUACAGUGUAAAGUCUCCACCACUUCCUUCUCUGCGAGCAUUCCAAAAUACUAAUUAAGUUUCGAUCUGGAGGUUCAAAUCUUUUAAAUGAGUCAUUUUGUGGCUAUAUGUACUCUUGGCCAAUUGAACAAGCUUGCAUUUGACAAUAUCUCAGGGCUCACGUUUACUCUGUACCAAAAUAAUGUCUGUUUUUAAUUAGGCAGAUUGAUGUCUUGUGUAUAUUAUUUAUCAUCCAUUGAAUAUAGGGCCGCUGCAACUGAGCUCAGGGCACUCUCCUGACCAAUCCAGUUUUGACAUGUUACUUGUGAGUACAGUAAUGUACAUCUCCAUCUUCCAUCUCAAUGUCAUCUUGCUCCAGUAUCAAACUGGGGUUGGAGUCAUCACGUUGUUUGUAUAAUUGGUAUUUAUAUUGGACCAGCCCGCAGUUUUAACUGGGCUGACAGAGUCCCAAUUGAAAUCUGUUUUAUCUGCUGAUAAUGGAAAAGAACAAGUCUGAUUCCCAGUGAUGGAUAUGUGUCUUAAACAGUAUGUAAAAAAAACAAACUCAAGACUCAUAACAGCAGAUUUAAACUUGGUUUCUUCAAUUGCCCGCCUCACUGUUGAGUAGCAAAUGGAUACUCAGUAAUAACUGCCUCCAGCGUGAGCACUGUGCUGUAAAGAAACUACUGAUUUUUAUUUAUGAAAUGUAUAUUUUUAUACCAUACUCUUUGAGAUAAUACUGAUUUGUUAUAUUUGCAACUGACCCAAAUAAAGUUUGCUGUGUUUUACACAACUGAAGUUAACCUUUUUUUUUGUUUUUUUAUUUUCUAAGUGGUCACUGUAACUAG